GAAGGUGGAGUCUUACUGUAGCAGGUUAAGGCUGCUCUGUCAAACAGAAGCAAAUACAUUAUGACUUAAAAAUAGUAAUAAUAAAAGCCCUUUCUGACCGGAUUCUCUGGACCGGAAUCAAAAUACAGAGCAACCAAGCGUAGUUGGUGCCAAGCCACCGCGUGUGAUGAAUGACUCUCUGGUCGUGCGCCUCUAUUGUGUUGGGUGAGGAUGGGCGUAGGCCAGCCCCCUCAUCUAAUAUUCAGCUGUUUGUAAAAGAGGGGAUGCUGAGCGUGAGCCCGGCAGUGCUUGUUGAAACCUCGAGCAGAAAACCACUGCCAGGUUCACCCUAUACCAAGGGGUGUACAGCCGUUAGCCGUCAGCCAUGGAUACCACCAUGUCCCUGAAGACAACCUCUAUGGCUGUCCAGAGUCUGUUCAGCUAUGUGGACGAGGAGAACCUGGCUGCUGUCAAAGCGCAUUUGGACAAGUUCACAGAUGUGGACAGCAGGGGUGAUAAUGGACAGACUCCCCUCAUGGUGGCAGCAGAGCAGGGCAGUCUGGAGAUAGUCCAGGAGCUCAUUAGGAGAGGAGCCAACGUUGACUUGGAUGAUAUUGACUGCUGGACGGCGCUGAUCUCAGCAGCUAAGGAGGGACACAUCGAGGUGGUGAGGGAGCUGCUGGAGAACAAUGCUAACCUUGAGCACAGAGACAUGGGAGGUUGGACUGCUCUCAUGUGGGCAGCCUAUAAAGGUCGUACAGAUGUGGCCCAGCUGCUUUUAGAAAAAGGAGCCAACCCUAACAUCACGGGACAGUACAGCGUCUACCCCAUUAUCUGGGCGGCAGGUCGAGGCCAUGCAGAGAUUGUCCGUCUCCUGCUGCAGCACGGAGCCAAGGUCAACUGCUCAGACAAGUAUGGCACCACUCCUUUGAUCUGGGCAGCCAGGAAGGGCCACUAUGACUGCGUGAUGCACCUCUUGGCCAAUGGAGCUGAUGUGGACCAGGAAGGGGCGAACUCAAUGACGGCUCUGAUCGUGGCCGUGAAAGGGGGCUACACAGAGGUUGUCAAAGAGCUGCUGAAGAGGAACCCAAAUGUUAACAAGACCGACAAGGAUCACAACACUGCUCUCGCCAUUGCUGCCAAGGAGGGACACACAGAAAUUGUGCAGGACCUGCUUGACGCCGGCACCUACGUCAAUGUUCCAGACAGGAGUGGGGAAACAAUGCUGAUAGGAGCAGUUAGAGGAGGUCAUGUGGAGAUAGUCCGAGCUCUGCUGAACAAAUACGCUGAUAUUGACGCCAGGGGCCAGGAUGGAAAGACUGCCCUCUACUGGGCAGUGGAGAAAGGUAACGCUACCAUGGUGAGAGACAUUCUGCAGUGCAACCCUGACACCGAGAGCUGCACCAAGGAGGGAGAGACCCCUCUUAUCAAAGCUACAAAAAUGAGGAACAUAGAGAUCGUGGAACUGCUGCUGGAUAAAGGAGCCAAGGUGUCUGCAGUAGACAAGAAAGGAGACACGCCUCUGCACAUUGCCAUCCGAGGGCGCAGCCGAAAGCUGGCCGAGCUGCUGCUGAGGAACCCGAAAGAUGGCCGCCUGUUGUACCGCCCCAACAAAGCUGGAGAAACCCCCUACAACAUUGAUUGCACCCACCAGAAAAGCAUCCUGACACAGAUAUUUGGAGCCAAGCACCUGUCGCCCACUGAGUCAGAUGGAGACAUGUUGGGUUAUGACCUAUAUAGCAGCGCUUUAGCAGACAUCCUUAGUGAGCCCACUAUGCAGCCACCUAUCUGUGUUGGCCUGUACGCUCAGUGGGGCAGCGGCAAGUCUUUCCUUCUUAAGAAACUGGAGGAUGAGAUGAAGACAUUUGCGGGCCAGCAGAUAGAGCCAUUGUUCCAGUUCUCAUGGCUGGUAGUCUUCCUCACCCUGCUACUCUGCGGCUCAGUGGCCGUUGUUCUGGGCUUUACUGUUAAUCCAAAGCUGGCGAUCGCGGUCUCACUCAGCCUCCUCGCCCUGCUCUACAUCUUUUUUGUGUUGGUGUACUUUGGAAGCCGUCGUGAGAGGGAAAGCUGGAACUGGGCGUGGGUCAUCAGCACCCGGCUUGCUCGCCAUGUCGGUUACCUGGAGCUGCUGCUCAAACUGAUGUUUGUCAACCCUCGUGAACUUCCUGAGCAGACCACCCGUGCCCUUCCUGUCAGGUUCUUGUUUACAGAUUAUAAUCGCCUGUCCAGUGUUGGAGGAGAGACUUCAAUGGCUGAGAUGAUUGCCACGCUGUCAGAUGCCUGUGAGAGGGAGUUUGGCUUCUUGGCCACCCGGCUGUUUAGGGUUUUCAAGAGCGAUGAGAUCCAAGGUCAAAAAUGGAAGAAAACAUGUUGCGUUCCCUCGUUUGUGCUGUUUGCAUUGACACUAGGGUGCCUGAUCACUGGUGUAGCACUGUUGUCUAUCUUUAAGGUGGACCCUGAGAAUCUGACAGUAAAUGCAGUGCUGAUAGCCAUGGCCAGUGUGGUUGGCCUGGCCCUGCUGCUCAACUGGAGGACCUGGUGGCAGGUGGCUGACUCUGUCCUCAACUCCCAGAGGAAACGCCUGCACAGCGCUGCCAACAACUUGCAUAGGCUCAAGAGUGAAGGGUUUAUGAAGGUUCUGAAACAUGAAGUGGAGCUAAUGUCAAAAAUGGCCAAAACUAUCGAUGGCUUCACCCAGAAUCAGACACGCAUGGCGGUUAUCAUCGAUGGGCUUGAUGCUUGUGAGCAGGACAAAGUGCUGCAGAUGCUGGACACGGUAAGGGUCCUCUUUUCUAAAGGACCUUUUAUCUCCAUCUUUGCCAGUGACCCCCAUAUUAUCAUCAAAGCUAUCAACCAAAACCUCAACAGUGUGCUGAGAGACUCUAACAUCAAUGGACAUGACUACAUGAGAAACAUCGUCCACUUGCCCGUAUUUCUCAACAGCAGAGGUCUCAAUACAGCUAAAACGAUGAGCGUGGCAGCCCCCACCAAUGGAGAGCCACUGUCUGCUGAUGGAUGGCAUGAAGACACGGACAAGAAGAUGUCUCAGAACAGCCUGGCUCAAGACCAGGCCAAGCUUGGGAGCAAGAAUACCUUAAACCGCAGGGACACAUACCGACGUCGCCAGAUGCAGAGGACCCUCACCAGACAGAUGUCCUUCGACCUGACUAAGAUGCUGGUGACUGAGGACUGGUUCUGUGACAUCAGCCCGCAGACCAUGAGGAGGCUGCUCAACAUUGUUUCUAUCACAGGUCGUCUGUUACGCGCCAAUCACAUCAUCUUCAACUGGGAUCGACUGGCAUCGUGGAUAAACCUGACAGAAGAGUGGCCUUACAGGACGUCGUGGAUCAUCCUCUAUUUGGAAGAAGCUGAAGGGGUGUCUGAUCAGGUCACUCUGAAGACCGUCUAUGAGAGAAUCUCUAAGAACAUCCCCACCACAAAGGAUGUGGAGCCUCUGCUGGAGAUCGACGGAGACAUCCGCAGCUUUGAAGUGUUCCUCUCCUCCAGGACGCCCGUUCUUACUGCCAGAGAUGUGGAGAUGUUUCUGCCCUGCACUGUCAACUUGGACCCCAAGCUGCGGGAGAUCAUAGCAGAUGUGCGUGCGGCCAGGGAGCAGAUGCACAUGGGAGGAGUGACCUAUCCCACGCUGCCCCUCCAAGAGGCAGGGGCCCGUCCCCAGUCAGUUUACGCCCAAGCCUCUGCCGCCUGCUCCCCAGCAGGCUCCUUCACCGGAUCUCUGCCUCCUCAGCCCCACAGUGCCUAUUUCAGUGGAAUGACUGGCCCUCAGCACCCUUUCUACAACCGGCCUUAUUUUCCCCAUCAUGUGUAUCACCUGCCACGGCAUUUCUCACACCAUGUCCCCUCAUCCUCGCGCCCCUCCAUUAAACCACCCGGUCAACCCCAGGACACCAGUGCACUUCAUUUAAAGUCGCUGCCUUACAAAUUCAAGCAGGGCUGUCCUGCAGUCUUGCUCAGCUCUUUGAGCACAGAUGCAGUGUGCGAGCGUCUCAGACAGCUUGAAGGAAUCGACCCCAACAUGCUGCCUCAGUACACCUCCACCAUCAAGAAGGCCAACAUAAACGGUCGGGUUCUCACUCAUUGCAACUUAGAUGAGCUGAAGAAAGAGAUGGAGAUGAACUUUGGUGACUGGCAGCUCUUCAGGGGAAUGGUCAUAGAGCAACGGCAUGCUGAAAGCCAGGCGGCACUUCAGGAUGAGUCCCGAGCUGCUAGCGAGCAGGGCAGCAGUGUGCACCUUGGGGAGCCCAGCAGACGCUCUGGGGGAGCCCAGCACGAAACGGCCGCCUUUAGCCUCAACCUCAGCUUUGAGGAACUCAGCGGUGUGGGCUUAGAGGAACCUGUGAGACGCAGCAACAACUCAAACUGGCCGGUGGCAAAUCACCGCACUUCAAGCAUGUCUAGCCUGAAUUCCCAGGAAUCCUCUAAUGACAUCUGCAAGCUGACAGACAAGCAGCAGGCUGAGUAUCGUGAUGCCUACAGGGAGUACAUCGCUCAGAUGGCCCAGCUGGAGAUGUCCGGCAGUGGGGGAGAGAGGCCUGUUCAGCCCCACCCUGGACAAUUCCUUCAGGCUGCCAGCUCAGAGGACAAAGGGGCCAAGGAAGGAUCAGAUCAAGACAGCCGGAAGUCCUUCACCAAGAGAAACUCCAAGAAUUCUGAUGCCACAGACUUUGCCUCAGGGACCGAUGCUCUAGACCCCAUCAGUGAAGAGGAUGAGAAGCUGGAUCACAGCUCAUCCUCUAGGACUCCAGGCUCCAAGAAGAAGGGAGCUGGGUCAUACUACCACAAGCUGGCCAACGAUGAAGACUCGGGGCCAGAAGACGCUGACAACACCACACCUCUCCUCCAUAAAGAGGCAAGAUCUGGUGCUCUGUCUUCCCACAGCUCCAAGCCAACUGGGCUGCUGGCCAAGCCUGGCUUCCUCACCGAAAUCCUCAUCGAUAAGAAGGACUCGUCCGAUUCAGGGAUGCGCUCCAGUGAAAGCUCCUCAGACCCCUCCCUGGAAGAGACUGAAGGAGACUCUGGCAGAUAUAGAGAAGCAAUGAAGCCCAGUCUGAUUGAACUGGAGCUGGAGGGGUUGGUGAAGAAGAGAGGCCCACUACCCAGCAGCCUGAGCGGCCUACAGGAUUCCGUGGUGGCCCGCAUGUCCAUCUGCUCUGAAGCUCCAUCUGAAGCCAGCCUUAUGGCCAGCAGCCCAGAUGAUGGGUGGCCAUCCAGCGGGGUCAGCAACCUCAACCGCAGCGCCAGUAACACCACCCUUAAUAACAACACAAGCAGCCCUACCAACAGCAACAGCAACACCAACACUAACACCAACAACAGCCGUCAGCAGCAGGCUUCCAUCACAGGCACAGAGUCCACCUCCUCCAACAUCGUCUCUCCAGAUGUCAUCAUCAUCCCUGGCAGCAGCACUGCCAACACCACGGCAGCCACCAUCCACCACAACCAGAACCUGCGCACCAUCAGCCUCGGAGACGAGAGGGAGAGUGUCCUCUAAGAAACCAUAUGUGUUUGUUACACUUAGAAGGGUCAUGUUGAGUGUGUUUUUUGAUAGCAUAUUGACAGUGAUGAUGUUGUAUCGUGUUCUAAAGAAUUAGUGUAGAUGAGUGUUGUGCUGUUAAGGACAUAGUCAAGGAAGUGGUGUUGUAAGGUUAAAAAAAAAUCACCUUGAUAUUUUGAAAAGGAUAAAUCUGAUAGUUUGUGGCUACAUUUGGAAUUUAAUGAUACCAAAAGAUGUUCGUUAGGUCAAAUCUAGAUUGUUUGUCUCAUGUGUUUUUAGUACGAUUCCUCUCCCACGUGAAAGCUAUGCUGUUAUUUGGAGUCACUGUGUUUAGUGAAGGAAUGUUGCAGUAAAAAAAAUGGGUUACUUAGAGAAAGGUGAAGCAUUCAGUCUCCAAAGCAUGUUGUGAGGUGCUAAAACAUUUCAAAUAGAACAAAGUGUGAAAAGUAGGUGAAGUACUUUUUUGAACUAGACUCUAGAGCCGAUGUUUGUCAUUUCCAAAGUUCCGUAUUGGGUUUUGUGAAUCAAUAAACAUCUUGAAAUCUGA